UACAAAGGAAAAACGACAACACAAACACAGCAUAGAACGCCUAUAUUAUAUACAUUUAAAACACCACCUAUAUAGCGUUUUUCUUCAUCUCCUCCGCCUCUCUUUAUCACUCUCUCUCUGAAUCGGCCGAUUUAACAAGUUCCUGAAACGAUGUCGGACGAGGAGCACCACUUCGAGUCUAAGGCCGAUGCCGGAGCCUCCAAAACCUACCCUCAGCAAGCCGGUACAAUCCGUAAGAACGGUUACAUUGUUAUUAAGAAUCGUCCUUGUAAGGUUGUGGAAGUUUCCACCUCCAAGACUGGUAAGCAUGGUCAUGCUAAGUGUCACUUCGUUGGAAUUGAUAUCUUCACUGGAAAGAAGCUGGAAGAUAUUGUCCCCUCUUCCCACAAUUGUGAUGUUCCCCAUGUCAAUCGUACUGACUAUCAGCUGAUUGAUAUUUCCGAGGAUGGAUUUGUGAGUUUGCUUACUGAAAAUGGUAACACUAAGGAUGAUCUUAGGCUUCCGACCGAAGAGAAUCUGCUGAGCCAGAUCAAGGAAGGGUUCGCCGAAGGGAAGGAUUUGGUUGUGAGUGUGAUGUCUGCCAUGGGUGAGGAGCAGAUCAAUGCUCUUAAGGACAUUGGUCCUAAGAAUUAGUUGUACUAUCUCUGUCUUCUAUGUUUUCUGGGAAGAAAGAAAGGAAGAAAUUUUAAUCAUCUAGAUUUUGCAUUUUAUAAUUUAACUAUUGUGUUUUGUGGUUGGAAAACCAUUAGCCUGCUUGGAAUAUGUAGUAGUGCAUUUGUGAUGGGUGGGUAAUUGGUUGCACCUUCGUAAAAAACCAUGGUGUUUUAAUUUGUGUAAUGAGUUGAAAUGUCAGUGAGAAAUGGUGUUUUUGCAUUCA